CCUCGCCUAUAUAUUUCCGGGAACAGACACACACGUACGGAGUACAGUAGCCAUAACUCUUUGAUGACAGAAUAGUGUGGUUAUCAAGCUCCUUGUAAAUUUCUGUUGAUUGUUUUUUCAUGACGAUGGAAAAUAUCGUUUACAUUCGUUGUUCGCACUCGGCCCGCUGACUGUCCUGAAAAGGUUUAACCCCAUGUUUAUUUUACGCCGAGUUUAACACUUGAACCCCCGUUACAUUCCGAAAGGAAAAUCCGCUUCCGUGAAAUUUUCUCCAGAUCUUGCUGCCGUUUUGGCGGGAAAGAAUUUUUUUUUUAUCGACUAGAAAAAAAGCUCUGUUUUCCCUCCUUGCAGCAAUUUAGACCGGCCCUUCCUUUGCUAUAUUUCCUUCCUUUGCUAUAUUUUUUUUUCCCUUUCGUCUUUCAUUUCUAUUAAUCCGUUGUUUUAUUUCACCCAUUGAGUUUCUAGUUGUAAAAAAAGAAGGGCUUUGGGAGGAUCCCUUAUCUGUUCCACUACCCUUUCGGUUUGAUUGACCGAUUGCCAUCGCUGCUAUCGUUUUUUGUUCUUUUAUAACAAAAUCUAAUAAUGGAGCAACCCACCAAGGAAAAGGAACAUUCCCAAGAGGUUGCGGAGAAGAAUGGAGACGAACAACUUCCCAACGGCAAUCACGUAGACGGAGAACAUGAUGGAGGAGGUCUCUUCCAGAUUUCAGUCAAGCUUCCGCAUGAACCGUACAACAUACAAGUUACGGUAUCGAGCCAGGAACAAGUCCAGGAUGUUCGUCAAUCGAUCGUUGAGCUGCCGGGUACCUUUCAGUACACGAGCUUCCACCUGGAGCAUAACGGAGAGAGGAUAAAUGACUACGUCGAACUGUCCGAGGUCAAGGACCUCAAGGCUGAUUCGGAAGUCGUCCUAGUCGAGGACCCCUACACUGAGAAGGAGGCUAGGAUGCAUAUUGUUCGGAUAAGAGAACUGAUCGGCGCUGCUGGCGAUCGCGUUGACAACUUGCACGGCAUCUGUGCCGGUUUGUCACUUCAUGACUCCGUAGCUGCUGGCGAGCAAUUAUCCGACACAAAGGAGGGACAGGAUGCGCAGGCCAAAGAUCAUGCCCUUGUAGACUAUGAUAUGGCGGCCCCGCCUGUCCUGCAAACGAUACUCCCCCGGGCGCAGCCCCAAGUGCCCAAGACGGUCAAAGCAAUUUCUCUUUCACCCUGGAACCCACCUCCUUACCAUCUUCGCCAACGUGGGCACCUAUUAUAUCUCCAGGUCACCACGAAUGAAGGCGAGCAGCAUCAGAUAACGUCUCACGUUUCUGGAUUCUAUGUGAACAAGUGCUCAAAUGCCAAAUUCGAUCCCUUCCCAAGACCCGCUCCCAAGAACUAUAGCGCUCACUCCCUGUUGACUUUAAUCUCUAUGCUCUCUCCCUCGUUCGAUUCUGCGUUUAAAGCUUUGCAGGAAUCAAACAACAAAAAGGAUUUGUUGACUACUUUCCCUUUCCAAAACUCUAUUCCUAACAACCCAUGGCUUGUGCCAUCCACCUCAUCUCCCGUCACAGCCCAUCAGUCAGAUAUCACCCGUUCCCAAGAGAACUAUUUAAUUUCUGGCAUGGACAACUCCGAAACUUUGAGAGACUGGAACGAGGAGUUCCAAAGCACAAGAGAACUCCCCAGGGAAACGGUCCAGGACAAAGUCUUCCGGGAACGUUUGACUUCGAAGCUUUUUGCUGACUACAACGAUGCAGCUGCUCGUGGCGCUGUAUUGGUCGCAAGGGGCGAAAUUGCACCCCUCAAUCCAACUGAAGGGAGGGAUGCUCAAAUUUUUGUCUAUAACAAUAUAUUCUUCUCCUUUGGAGCUGAUGGGGUUGGAACUUUUGCGUCGGAGGGUGGUGACGAAGCUGCCAGGGUUGCUGUCGGCAAGGACGUUGCGGGCGUAAAAGCCGUCAAUCAGCUCGACAUCCCCGGUCUCUUCACUCCGGGAACGGUUGUUGUUGACUACCUGGGUAAACGGUUGGUUGGCCAGAGCAUUGUUCCUGGCAUCUUCAAGCAACGCGAGCCUGGCGAACACCAAAUCGAUUAUGGUGGAGUUGAGGGUAAGGAAGUCGUUGCAGAGCACAAAGACUUCGUGCCAGUGUUUGAGAAACUAUCCGCUUCGUUGCGCGUUAAGAAGCAUCCGGUCUGGGACAGAGAUGGCAAAAGGCACGAUCUGGAGGGAAGCGUAGAAACAAAGGGUCUUUUGGGUACGGAUGGUCGUAAAUAUGUGCUCGAUCUCUAUCGCAUUACUCCGCUAGACAUAGCUUGGUCGGAAGACGCUGAAGGACAUGAGCCAUAUCCCCACAGGAUGUCUGUCCUGAGGCUAGAGCUAGUUGAGUCGUACUGGAGAUAUAAGAUGGGUCAAUAUGUGAAGACUGAAGUUGAGAAGCGAAAGGCUGCGAAAAAAGAAGCUGAGAAGGCUGAAGACAUUGAAGUGCCUAAGGGAGACGAGGCCGAGGCCCCAGCGAUCAAUGGGCAGGGCGAAGGCGACAAGAAGGCAGCUGAUGAACAGGAACGCGUUGAUAUCUCUGCGUUUAAGCUUGCCCUCAACCCUGAUGUCUUCAGCGGUCAAGUACCUCAGACAGACGAGGAGAAGGAGGAGUGGACUCAGGACGAGAAGGAAGUCCGUUCUGCUUGCGAAUACUUGACUUCCAAGGUUAUUCCUGAGCUUAUCCAGGACUUGCACGAUGGCGAUGUUGGCUUCCCAAUGGAUGGGCAAUCCUUAACCCAGCUUCUCCACAAGCGAGGAAUCAAUGUUCGAUACCUGGGUAAAUUGGCGAAGCUUUCUCAACAAAAGGGAUCAAGACUAGUCGCUUUGAGCGCACUCCUGAUCCAGGAAAUGAUUUCUCGCGCCUUCAAACAUAUCGCCAACCAGUAUCUGCGAUAUCUGCCACCUCCCUUCACAGCUUCCUGCGUUUCCCAUUUAUUGAACUGCUUCCUCGGGACAGAAGUCAAUGCAAACCCACGUCCAGAGAUAGAUGAGGAAUUGAGGGAGAUUUACCCGGAAGGUGACUUCUCUUUCGAAAAGGUUACACCUACCUCGCUCAAGGAGGAGAUUGAAAAACAAAUCAAAAUCCGUUUCAGAUUCAACGUCGAGUCUGACUGGACUGCAUCGCUCAAACGUCUCCAACUUCUACGAGACAUUUCUAUUAAAAUCGGCCUUCAGAUAGGUGCCCGCGAGUUUACGUUCGAACACUCGCAGAUCAAGUCCCAGGAGCAUUCUCCUGCGCCUAGCAGCACCCAUAGUUCACAAGAGGAGCCAAGCAAGAAAAAGAAGAAGAAGGGAAGCAACGCUGCUUCGCCAAGCCGAUCAGUGGCAAGCCCUAAGCCCGUGGUUACGUUUGUGCCAGAAGACAUCCUUAACAUUGUACCUCUCGUUAAGGAUGCUUCCCCGCGAAGUGCGCUUGCGGAGGAAGCCCUGGAAGCUGGGCGAAUUUCUAUAAUGCAGAACCAGAAGGAAAUUGGACAGGAACUUAUCUUGGAGUCCCUCUCUCUUCACGAGCAGAUCUACGGCAUCCUUCAUCCUGAAGUUGCCAAGUUGUAUCAUCAGCUCUCCAUGCUUUACUAUCAGACAGACGAGAAGGAAGCCGCUGUUGAGUUGGCGCGGAAAGCCGUCAUUGUUACUGAGAGAACAAUGGGCGUUGACUCCGCUGACACUAUUUUGAGCUACCUCAAUCUUAGCUUGUUCGAGCAUGCGUCUGGCCACACGCAGACUGCUCUAGUUUACAUCAGACAUGCAUCCGAACUCUGGAAGAUUAUCUACGGUUCUCAUCACCCUGACUCGAUUACAACCAUGAACAAUGCUGCUGUCAUGCUUCAGCACCUCAAGAAAUACCCCGAUUCCCGAAAAUGGUUUGAGGCUUCGCUGACCGUCUGCGAAGGCCUCUUUGGAAGACAAUCCAUUAACACCGCUACCAUUCUCUUCCAGCUCGCCCAGGCCCUUGCUCUUGACCAGGACUCAAAGGCUGCCGUGAACCGUAUGCGGGACGCAUACAACAUCUUCCUUAACGAACUGGGUCCCAACGACCGAAAUACCAAGGAAGCAGAAAGCUGGCUUGAACAGCUUACUCAGAAUGCCGUGUCCAUCGCCAAGCACGCGAAGGAUAUCCAAGCUCGCAGACUGCGCCGAACAAAUCUCUCCCCACGAGUGACGAUGGGAACUAAACCUCAGCCUCAGGUCGGCCAAAAUGCACCAGCGACCACUAAUGGGGCAGCCUCCAAAAACAUCGGGCUGGACUCGAGAAGCAUUGAUGAGCUAUUGAAGUUUAUUGAGGGGGGCGAAUCCAGCAGUCCCCGCUCCAAACAGAAGAAACGGGCUGCAACCAGCAACCCUAAGCUCCGUGGAUCGAAGCAAUCCAAUGUUCAGGCCACCUAAGUUGGGUGUAUAUUUACUUGUAUUAUUCCGAAGCCCCCUCCGACCAUUUUUGAUCAUUUAAUUGCCCCCGUUUCUAUAAGUGUUAUUAUUAUCUCUCUCGUUUUUCUCUUUUAAUAAAUCCAGCCCAACCCCCCCGUUUCCCCUGGAAUUACCUAGCUACAGAUACCUAUAACACCGCUGAGAGGGGAAUAUCUUGUUUACCAACCCAUUCUUAGACAGAAAAGAGAAGGAACUCGAACGUUCCAGCUUUUGAGCUGACAUCAUUUGUUGAGUCAUAUGGACGAUUGUGCUGCUACGCCCUUUUUGAACAUAGAUCUCCCCCGUUGUCUUGCAACCAUCUCUACUCACAAAGUAUUGUUUUAUUUUUGCUUUUUUCUAUAUACAGUCAUUUCCUUUAUUUGCGGUACUACUUCGUUGUAUAAAAUAUAGGGGACUUACAUAGCAUGGUUUUCAUUUUUUCAAUCUGCUUUUCAACGAUCCUGUCCACUUCCCAUGUCCUUUUACUUUUUUUUUUUCUUUUAUUUCAUUUCCCUUACUGUAUGUAUAGUUGAUGACAUGUCAUUUCACGAGCAACAGGAAAAGUGGAUAAUACUUGUACUAUAGGGAUAGGCUUAAAAAUGAUUGACAUCUUCUCUCGAUUCACA